UAAAUUUUGUAAGCUUGUCAAUGCAGCAAUCAUCAGUCAUCUAAUAUAUUUUUCACACCUUGUGAUGCAAACACACUGGCGGAUGUAAUUAUCGGCCAGUGAUAGAAAUUCGGGGGUUAACUGAAAGUGAUAGACGUUCGGGGGUUAAUUGAAAGUGCUGCUUUGUCACUUGAAUGCAGUUUGGGUAAUGUUCUGCAGCUGAUCGGAACUUAUAAAAAAAAUAUAUUCUGAUCAGUGGGCCAAUAAAAAAAUUCGGAUCGCGGUGUUUUUUGCGGGUCGGUCAGAAGACAGGAAACAAACUUAAUUUUAAUUUUGGCCUGAACUCCAGUGUAUCACAGGUUUUGGUUGAGUGUCUGAGUUAUUUGCUCAGAACCAUGUUAUAUUCAUAUUUUGAUGGAAUACGGAAAUAUAUUAUUAUGAAAAUGGAAAGGAGGAAUUAAUACAUUUAAUUUAUUAGAACUAUCGGAAUUAAUUAAAACUAAUCAACUAAGAACACUGAGACAGGAGCAGUCUGCAACAACACAUAAUGUUUUCAUGAGCUUAUCCAUAUUGAUUCAUUGAGUAUUACAAGUUGUUAUAAUUGAUAGUGAUUGCUAUUGCCUUGUAAAUUCUUUGUUUCGAUAUUGCAUAAAGUUAUCAGCUGUCUUUCGCAGAACUCAACUGAAUUCAGGAAAAGUGUAUAGUCAAGAAAAAAAAAAAGAAAAAUGGGAGAGUAAGUAAAGUUAUUGAUGAGCUGUGAAAAGGGAUGUAUAGAGCAAUGGGUACAAAUACAAACCUGGUGAAGCUGUACAUCCUUUUAACAUAAUGUUAUAUCAUGUGCUUAUCAUUGUUGUGUUCAUAAUUAGUAGACCAUGUUAUGGUGCAAGCUCAUACUUUAUUCACACUAUUAAUAUGUACUGAGUUAAUGACAACUCUCUAGUACACUUGAACAAUUUUGGAAGGAAACUUGUUAAUAUCAAGUUGAAGAGAAAAUUCUAGAUGGAAUGAAAAUUUCAAAUUUGAAGUCAUUCUUAGCUAUUUCAGUAUUUGUACUGCUUUGAUGCAAAAGGGAUGAAGGAAAAGAGAGUCAUAUAAACAGUAUUGUGCAACUGUUAACAUAAUAGUAUAAUUUAAUUUAUCACUGCUUGAUCUUUCUAUUAAAAACUAUGAAAACAUGUUGUUUUUAACUCGACUUCUCAAAGAAAAAGUAGAGGUAUUGCACUUGCCCCGGCAUUGCUGUCGCCGAUGGUUAAAGUUUUUGAUAAAGUCAAAUAUCUCUGUUACUGUCUAACUAUCUCCCAUUAUGUCAAACUCCUCACGGGAACGUAGACAUUUGGCGCUAACCACACAGAAUAUUAAAAGACUGAACUGUUAAAAGAUAGUUAAAAGCACGGAAAAAUAGCUUGGUUAAAAGUAAAAGUUUAAAAGCAACUAUCAGGCAGUUUAAGGUGAGACCAUGAUCCUUACAGCAAAUGGCUGCAUUGAACUGCUCAGGGGUUGGGAGGUGGACAUCAGCAGGAGGGAGAUAAUUCCAGUGAUACACUGUUCUGGGGAAGAAAGAAUACUUUAAGUAAUCUGUAGUUGCCGUGAAUAUCUUGUAACUGAGGGAAUGGAAGUGAUGUGUUGGGCGGGUGAAGGGAACUAAGAAGCCUUCAUUGGGGAUGGCAUAUAAUUCAUGGUGGACUUUGUACAUAAGGGAAAGUCUACUACCAGUAUGUCUGAGAUCAAGGUGACGAAGUUUGAGGGAUUGUAACAUGUCUGUGACACUGGAGGUUUGACGGUAGUCAGCCUUAAUCCAGCGAACUGCCUGUUUCUGGACAGCCUCUAUCUGGUCAAUGAGGGUUUGGGUAUAGGGUGACCACACUUCAAAGCCAUAUUCCAGCUCAAAGCUAUUGAUUUGAAACUUAAAAUAGCUAUUUAAUAUCAAAGUCUACACCAGGAGAAACAAUCCCCAUAACUCUGAUUUAAAUUUUGACAAAGUUAUGUCCCUUUUUAACUUAGAAUUUUUUGGUUAAAGUUUUAUAAAGUUUUUACUGGCAAAGCUCUAAUUCAGAGUUAUGCACUGAGAAAAGUUGAACGUGCUGUCUUACGGACAGCUCUGUUUCAGAUACAUUUCUGAAACUCUGAAGAAAAUUGUUACAAAUGUAUUAUUUCUCUAUAUCUUCUCUUGUCCAUUUUAGUUCUAAUAGUUGUGUGACUUUGAAUUUUAAGGCACUUCAACAAACAAAAUAUAAUAAGGCUUAUUAGCACUUUCUAAAACAUGAUUAUAUUUCAACUUAUUCAAAUUUAAUGCUACAUGAUAGUUCUGUCAAUAAAAACAGACAAUAUGAAAAUUAUGACAGAUUAUUAUAAAUAUUACAUUAUGUGUGUCUUUGGUCAGGCACCUAUCAUCGGACUUAGACAUCACUGAAUAGCAGAAUCAUUAUAAUUUGGUAUUCAGGACUUCUCCUUUCCUUCAGCUAAAGGACCAUCACCAAGACCAUUAUUAGAGAGACGUGUGUCGGAUGGACGACUGAGACAGCCUGUGAAUUACCAGUCACUUAGUGGAAGCAGCAGUUAUGGUAGCCAUGACAACGAAACAUCAGCAGUCAUCAGUAGAUACAAGUAUUAUACUAAACUGGCACCUCAUAGUGAAAGUAAUUUUACUAUGCCAGAUCAUGUUGUUCCAGGUGUUUUCAUCAUAACAGAGAUAACACAGAUACAGGGGUCACAGUCAAGCCUCGUUACUAUAUUUUCACUGUGGAACACCAUGAUGGGAACUUCUUUACUUAGCAUGCCAUGGGCCAUAAAUCAGGCUGGUUUUACAUGUGGUAUAAUACUCCUGUUGGCUUCGGCUGCGUUGAUGCUCUAUACAAGCUACAGAAUACUACAUGCUGUUAAAUGCACAAAGAGUACCAAUGAAGUGAUUGAAUUUUCUGAUGUAUGCAAAGAGUAUUUGGGUCGCUGGGCAGAGGUUAUAGCAUUUGUUUCAUCGCUUCUGACACUGCUUGGAGGGAUGAUAGUGUACUGGAUACUUCUGUCAAACUUUUUAUAUAAUGUUGUAACCUUCAUAUAUCAUCAUGCACAGGGUGACGAGGUCUCCACAAAAGGAAGCUCAGAUCCUAUUUGUCCCUCAAAAUCUCCACAUGCCAAUCAUAGCCACACUUCACCGAACAUUUCCAUGACAACCAGUGACCAUUCCCAUGAUGCAACAUUCUCAAGAUGGUGGGAUGAGCAGAAGACUGUACCCAUAAUGCUUGUAGUGGUUGUACUUCCUCUCAUUAACUUCAAAUCACCAACAUUCUUUACAAAGUUCAAUGCCCUAGGUACUAUAUCAGUAACAUAUUUAGUUUGUUUUGCCAUGAAAAAUGCGAUUAGUUGGGGAAUUCAUCUUGAUUUCCAUGACAGUACUAGUCCAGUAUAUGUACAUGAAUUCAAAAGCACAUUCCCAAUAAUCACUGGUAUAUCAGCACUUGCAUACUUUGUACACAACUGUGUGUCAGCUAUAACACGUUUACAGAGACACCCAGAAAAUACAGUUCGGGAUUUGAUUAUAGCCUAUGCGCUGGUAGCUUUGACCUAUAUCUAUAUGGGUGUGAUUGUGUAUAUCUCAUUUGGUCUGGAUAAAAACUGCUUAGAAGAUAAUUUUCUCAAUAAUUUGAAGGACACAAAUGUGAUGGCGUUUGUUGCAAGAAUUGGUCUGUUUUUCCAGAUGUUAUGUGUGUUUCCAUUACUUGUCUUCAUAUUCCGUUUGCAGUUCAUGAAUUCUUUAUUUGGCUCAAUUUGGCCUAGUUUAACCCAUGUGUUAGUGCUGAACCUUGUACUUAUUGGUGUGUGUAUCAUAUUUGCUGUAUUUCUUCCUCACAUUGGAAAAAUAAUAGGGUUUGUUGGUGCCUUCUGUGGAUUCUCCUAUGCUAUUGCUCUCCCUUGCCUGGUGUACAUGAAGAUACGAUAUGAAAAGGGAACUUUGACUCUACCAAUCAUCAUCUUCCACUCAAUUCUCAUAGUGAUUGGACUUGCUAACUUUAUAGGUCAAUUCUUGUUGCUGGGAUGAGAAUUGGCCAUGGGUCUGGGUUGAGGAUAUUAAACAGUGUUAACAAUAUUUCCACAUUUGUGUAUCAACAGAAUAUGUACACACCAAAUGACUGAAUGGUGCUUACUGAUAAAUAAUUCUGCAUGUAAGGAUUUCAGAUACACACCAAAUAAAAUGGUUAAUUAUUUGGAUAAUGUGUUCAUGUAUUUGAGUGCAUUAUACUUUCAGGUAUUACACAGUUAUAUGGCAGUUGAAUUUUUUGUGUAAUAUAUUAUCUUACAGUUCAUUGUACCCCCGCACAACGAAGUUGCAAGGGGGGUAUAUGGUUUCAGGUUGUCUGUCUGUCCGUCUGUCUGUCUGUAGACACAAUUUUGUGCGUACCAACUCUCCUCAUCCCCUUGACACAAUUUAAUGAAACUUCACAUAAGUGAUCAGUACCAACCCUAGUUGUGCAUGGGGCAUGUUAGGUUCUUUCAGAAAAAAAAUUGCAGAGUUAUGGGACUUUGUUUUUAUACCCCCACAAAACGAAGUUUGGGGGGGUAUAUAGGAGUGAGCUUGGCGGUCGGUUGGUUUUUGUGGUUUCCGGAUGAUAACUCAUGAAAGGCUUGACUGAUUUGAAUAAUAUUUGGUACACAGGUGUAACAUCAGAAAAUACAGAUCAGGUUCGAAUUUGGGGUCAAUAGGUCAAAGGUCAAGGCCACAGUGACCCUGAACAGUUAAACGGUUUCCAGAUGAUAACUUGAGAAUGCUUGGGCCUGUGAUCAUAUAUUAUGCUACACAGGGCUCCGGAAAUUUUGAGAACUCAAUCGGUCCGAAACGAACAUCCUGACAUCGGCGCCACCCCACCCACCCCAUUCCCAAUAUUACAUAUUUUGUAAAACGUGAUAGAGUAAAGAAAUAAGCAUGUCAUGCAUUAAAACUGAGUUACCGGUCAAUGCGAGUUACCAUACAAUGAAGACAGUUAUUCAGUGUUAUGUGUGAUCGUUACAUUGUUUAAAUUUCGAUGUUUUUCCAAGAAAAUACUUGCAAGGAUAAAAUUACCGAGGCAUACACUGUGUACCUAACUAGUCUAAAAGCCAACGCACGUGGCUUCGGUACCGUAUACACGGCAGAUAAUUUGUGAUGUUCCCUCAUUCUUUGACGGAAUUUUAUAAAAUACAAUGCGUCAAAGCGAAUAACACGACACAGUUUUUUUUAAGAAUACUCUACCACGGACCGUACAUGUACGUGAUGUGAACGCUGAGAUCGAAUUUCCCGCAUGUUUAGUACCAAAAGGUCACACGGGUUGGCCACGGAUAUUUCAUUUCACUGGCGUUGUACUUCAGUAAGCAACUAAAUUUUAUUAAGUUAUAUGUUCUCUUCCGUUAUGUAAACAACAUUUCAUUUUGAAAAGUUUUUUUUAAAAGACCGAUUUGAUAAACAGCAGCACUCCGGUUUUCUUUAUCUUUCGUGUUUAUUUUUAUUUAUUUAUAUUUUUUUUAUUUUGUACAGUCGGGUUGCAAAGACGAUUUUCUGCACUUGUUUCAACUGGAGCCCCAACAAAUGUAUCAUGUAAUUUUUACAAAUCAAGUAAUUAUAAAAAUUAUUUAUAUCGGUUUCCCAUGUGAUGUCUCAUUAAAUGCAGUGACCAUUUGUUUUUUACCCGAGAUCAAACAUAGCCUUUUGAACUAAACCAUCCCUCGGAUUCUAAAUAAAAGAAGUGGAUCUCCGUCGAAAAGAUUUGGAUCCAGUCAGAAACAUUUGGAAACCAGUCAAAAAUGUUAAAUACAUUGCAGUUGAGGCUGUCUGCAAACAUUAAAGGAUGUGCCGCGCGAGCACUGAUUGCUUCACAUGCUAAUUACGGACCUAUUAUCAAGGUGACAAUCAGACUGUUUGACACGUUUAUUGAUUAUCUGUGGGUGCGACUAACAAUUUCCUGUUUGGCAGGUGAUCGUGUAUUGAGAUUUCAGACCGAAAUUUAUACUUUUCUCCAUUUUUAUGGGACCGAUUUUUUUCAUUUUUUCACCACAAAUCGGUCUGAAAAGUCAAAAAUCGGUCCAAAACCGAGAAACCGGCAAAUUUCCGAAGCCAUGAUGCUACACAGUUGUAACAUCAUGAAAUACAAGUCAAGUUCGACUUUGGGGUCUGUAGGUCAAAGGUCAAGGUCACAGUGACUCAGAACAGUUAAAUGGUUUCCGGAUGAUGACUUCAGAACACUUGGGCCCAGGAUCAUAUUUUUUGGUACACAGAUGUAACAUUAUGAAAUACAGGUCAAGUUCGACUUUGAGGUCUGUAGGUCAAAGGUCAAGGUCACAGUGACUCGGAACAGUUAAACAGUUUCCAGAUGAUAACUUGAGAACGCUUUGGUCUAGGAUCUUAUAUUUUUGUACACAGGUGUAACAUGAUUAAAUAUAGGUCAUGUUCGACUUUGAGGUUAGUAGGUCAAAGGUCAAGGUCAAAUAACAUGAAACAAUUAAACGGUUUCCGGAUGAUAACUUGAGAACGUUUGGGCCUAGGAUCAUGAAGAUUGAUAGCGAGGUUGGUUAUGACCAGCAGAUGACCCCUAAUGAUUUUGAGGUCAGCAGGGCACAGGUCAAGGUCACAGUGACCCAGAACACUUUAACGGUUUUUGGACAACAACUUCACAACGCUUGGAAUUAGGAUCACGAAAUUUAAUAAGGAGGUUGGUCAUGACCAGCAGAUGACCCAUAAUUAUUUUGGGUUCCAAAUAUCAAAGGUCAUUUAAACCUUUUCCGUAUAAUAACUUGAGAACGCUUGGGCCGAGGAUCAUGAAACUUUAUAGGGAGGUUGAUCAUGACCAGCAGAUGACCUCUAUUGAUUUUGAGGUCAGUAGGUCAAAGGUCAAGCAAGUUCAGCUUUGACAUUGGCUGAGUUUUGUGACAAGGCCAUAUUGUGGGGGUAUAAUUCUUCACUCCUGUGACAACUCUAGUUGUUACUAUACUAUAUACAUAGAGUCUGCAUAUGCAAUCUUUUGCGCACCUAAUCUCCCAAACUCUUGCACACAAUUUAAUGAAACUUCACACGUGAUCAGUACCAACCCUAGUUGUGCAUGGUGCAUGUUACGUUGUUUUAGAUAAAUAUUCUGCAGAGUUAUGGGACUUUGUGUUUUGUUACUAUGCUAUAUACAUAGAGUCUGUAUAUGCAAUCUUGUGCGCACCCAAUCUCCGGAACAAUUGCACACAAUUUAAUAAAACUUCACACAAGUGAUCAGUACCAACCUUACUUGUGCAUGGUGCAUAUUAGGUUCUUUCAGAAAAAUAUUCUGCAGAAUUAUGGGACUUUGUUCUUGUUACUAUACUAUAUACAUAAAGUCUAUAUAUCUACAUAAAGUCUAUAUACAUACAGUCCACAUAAUUAUCCAAUCUUGCAUGCGUCAAAUUGCAAUGUACUGUAUCAGUGCAUGUGGAGGGUACAUUCAUCACCUUCAGUGAUAGCUCUAGUUUAAACAUGGUUGAGCAUAUGUAUAACAGUGUUGUAUACUAGACCUAGUCUCCACAAUCUGCUACAAGCACAAGUAGUGUUAUCCCGGAAACAGUUAUCACUGUAGCCUCAUUCGAACACAACCUAAUUAAUCCCCCAUAGGAAUGGUCUCCGUCCGUUCGUCCGUAACAUUUUGUGUCUGCUGUGUAUCUUCUAAACCCCCUUGAAGGAUUUUCAUGAAACUUGAGUCAAAUGAUCAUCUCAUCAAGAUGAUGUGCAGAACUCAUGAGUCAGCCAUGUCGACUCAAGGUCAAGGUCACAACUCAAGGUAAAAGUUUGAGCCUUCCAUUUUGUGUCCGCUCUGUAUCUCCUAAACCCCUUGAAGGAUUUUCAUGAAACUUGGGUCAAAUGAUCACCUCAUCAAGACAAUGUGCAGAACUCAUGAGUCAGUCAUGUUGGCUCAAGGUCAAGGUCACAACUCGAGGUCAAAGGUUUGAGUCUUCCAUUUUGUGUCCGCUCUGUAUCUCCUAAACCGCUUGAAGGAUUUUCAUGAAACUGGUCAAAUGAUCUCCUCAUCAAGAUGAUGUGCAGAACUCAUGUGUCAGCCAUGUUAGCUCAAGGUCAAGGUCACAACUCAAGGUCAAAGGUUUGAGCCCGCUCGGUAUCUCCUAAACCCCUUGAAGGAUUUUCAAAUUCAUUGAUGUUGUCAUACAUGGACUAAAAAAUAUACUUAACAAUGUCAAUGCUUCAACCCAAUACCAUCAACCCUUUCACUAUCCAUAACAGCGGCGGGGGAUAUAGCUGUCUUUCAGUCUGCCUUGUUUGUUUUAGUAUUAAUACUAACAUGACCAGAUUUCAUUUUCUGUUAAACAAAGAAUAUUGAGACUUUGAUGUCCUCUUGAAAUGAAUACCACACAAAACUGGCAAAUAUUUCAUGCAUGUCGGUCAUCAAGGAUGUGGAUAGAAAUCCUUUUAUACUAUGUUAGUAAAAUAAUGUAUCUCAAACUGAUUUUCUCCUGAAUAAAAUCAUUGUCGUUCAGAUGCAUAUAAUUAUAUCACUUUGGCUGCACUUUCAUAAUACAAUUUCAUUGCAUCUGUAUGAAAAAAACCUGUAUUUGAGAUAUAUUAUUUCUUAAAGAAGACUAAAAUUGAGAUGUUUUUAUGUGAUAAAAAUAUUGUUUGCAUUUCACAGCGUCUACCAUUGUUGUACGUAGAAAAUGAAUAUGACACAAAAUGGGCAAAUAUUUUAUGCAUGUUAUUAAGUAUAAAAAAUACUUAUACUUGAUCUUGUGUUAGAAUUACAAAAGUAUAUUUCAAAACAUUAAUUUUUUUCUUAAAAAAAGGUCUUUGUUUGUCCUUCAUAUGUCUCCUCAUGUUAUAAUUCCUUUGUAUCUUAACUCCAAACAAUGAGUUUAUUCAACGGUAAAAUCAUUGUUCGGAAUAUUUUGUUUUUUAAAUUAAAGAAGUUCUUUGGCAUAAGUGACAUGGCUAGUUUAUUUGCUAUUUAACCUAUAUUUAAUGAUUUACAAUUAUAGCUGUGUUUUCGUAAAGUUAAAUUGGUAUUAUUGUCCUGCAAUAAGCCUUGUUCUUGAAUUGCAGUAUCUCCAGUGCAGUUACCAACCUAUUAACAUAGCACAAACUCUUUUAACAACACAAAUACAGCUACUUCUAUAAAAUCUUAAAAGGGAGGGGGAUAUUUUCUGUCAAUCAGAUGUCUGAUAGAUUCAUAUGAACAAAAGAAAAUAUUUCAAUGUUUAAACUGUUGUGAAAACAUAACAUUUUUCAAUACUCACGCUUUUUACUUGCAUUAUUCUAAUGAUUUAUAUGCUUAUACCUAUAAUGUGCAAAUUUUACAUUUUUACUAAGUCACACAAUAUAUCUUUGUUUUUUACUUUAUUUGUUGCUUAUUCUUAUAUGAUUUUGUGUUUUGUCUCAGAAUCACCCAAGGUGAGUUAAUAUUACUAAUAUUUUGAUUGACUGUUCACUUUGCGUUCGCCUGAGCCAAAGUCUUUUACAACAAAAUUAACCAACUUAUACUACUUUAAUAUAACCAUAUUAAUAAGUUACUGUCAAGAUAAGAUCCGUUUUGAAAUUGAUAUUGGGACUACUACAACCAUAGUAGCGUUUAAUGGCAUAGUUUCAUGUAAUUUUAUAAAUAUUAGCAAAAUGAGCUUUGCUGCAUGAGAAGAUUUUGUAUUGUAGGGUCAGCUUACAGGACGAGAAUGUAACAGUCAGAAUUGAGAAUGACUGCUAGGUAAUUGUGUACUAAAAAGGAUUGAGGAACAAUACUGCAAAUUUUCUCUAUUUAUAUGAUGGUGAUAAUCGAGCCAUUAUGGCCAUCUUGUUUACUUUUAUGACUAUUGUUGAAAAUAUUGUCACUGCUUUUAUAGCCUUUUAUUAUUUGUGAUAUAUCUGUUAUUUAUGUUAGUGGUAUUGUAACUAAGGUUGAAAUUACUGAUUCUAAUGAGCUGAUUAACUCGGUACUGGUCCAUGUUUACAUCAGAUAUACACAAUUAAAAUAUAUUAUGCAACUAAGUUAAUCCUUUCAAAAGGACAAUUAUACAGUCAAACUUUGCUCACUCUUACUAGACCGGACUGGCAAAAUUUAUCUGAGUUAUAAAGAGUUCGAGCCAUAGAACAAUAUGUGUUAUAUAGGGAUUUUGCCAAGACCGGACAAUGAGUUCAAGUGGAGGAAGGUGUUCUAAUUAUCUGAGUUUAAGCAAACAAAGUUUGUUUCAAAUUUUGAUAAUAUCAAUAGUUCCUUUAGCAUACACUGGCAUCACCAGGCAUACAGUGAAACACUGCUCACUUGAGCAUGAAUGAGAUAUGAUGCAAGGACUUUCAUUCUAUUGUCAAUGUUUAGAUGUCUCAAAGCCUUGGAUUCCCUUGCAACCUUGACCAGUCAGUGUUUUACUGUAGUUUACUGAUCUGCCGUGUUAAAUCCUAAAGUUGGAACAUAUUUGAGCCGUGCCAUGAGAAAACCAACAUAGUGGGUAUGCGACCAGCAUGGAUCCAGACCAGCCUGCGCAUCCGCGCAGUCUGGUCAGGAUCCAUGCUGUUCGCUUUUAAAGCCUAUUGGAAUUGGAGAAACUGUUAGCGAACAGCAUGGAGCCUGACCAGACUGCGCGGAUGCGCAGGCUGGUCUGGAUCCAUGCUGGUCGCAAAGCCACUAAGUUGGUUUUCUCAUGGCACGGCUCAUUUUAUGUUAAUUCCACUUAAUGUAAGUCAUCUGCUAUCUUUGUUUUGCUACAUGUCACUUGUUGGGAAAUUAAUAUCUACAAUACUAGACUGUCAAACAGACCACCAUUGUGCACACGACCACCAUUCCACCUGUGAAACAUGGUUGAAAUAUGAUUGUGUAUUCAGCAGAAUCAUUUUUUACAGGCAUUAUAUGUAUCAUGUGGUUAUAAUUUUUUCAGUUAUUAUUGAAAACUAAUUGUCAUUAAAUGUCAGAUGCAGGGAAUGUGUUCAGUUGUUCCAUUUUUAGCUCGACUAUUCCAAGAAUAGGGGAGCUAUCCUACUCGCCCCGGCGUCAGUGUGAGCGUCACACAAAUGUUAAAGUUUGCGUACAACCCCAAAUAUUUUCAAAGUCCAUUGAGGUAUUGCUUUCCUAUUUUGCAUACUUGUUUACAAUCAUGACCCCAGUCUGUAAAAAGGAGGAGGCAACUCUAUCAAGCAUUUUGACUGAAUUAUGGCCCCUUUUCGACUUAGAAUAAAUGUUAAGUUUGCGUACCACCCCAAAUAUUUUCAAAGUCCAUUGAGGUAUUGCUUUCAUAUUUUGCAUACUUGUUUACAAUCAUGACCCCAGUCUGUAAAAAGGAGAAGGCAACUCUAUCAAGCAUUUUGACUGAAUUAUGGCCCCUUUUCGACUUAGAAUAAAUGUACAUUUAAGUUUGCGUACCACCCCAAAUAUUUUCAAAGUCCAUUGAGAUAUUGCUUUGAUAUUUUGCAUACUUGUUUACAAUCAUGACCCCAGUCUGUAAAAAGGAGGAGGUAACUCUAUCAAGCAUUUUGACUGAAUUAUGGCCCCUUUUCGACUUGGAAUAAAUGUUAAAGUUUGCGUACCACCCCAAAUAUUUUCGAAGUCAAUUGAAAUAUUGCUUUCAUAUUUUGCAUACUUGUUUAUCAUCAUGACCCCAGUCUGUAAAAAGGAGGAGGCAACUCUGUCAAGCAUUUUGACUGAAUUAUGGCUCCUUUUCGACUUAGAAUAUGCUUACUGUAAUGUUAAAGUUUUACUCAUUGCUUAUAUUAUACUAUCAAGCAACAAGAAUAGUCAAGCGCACUGUCCACUGACAGCUCUUGUUUGCUCACUUUAGCACCAAGUGCUCAAGGUGAGCUAUUGUGACUGGUCAUUGUCCGGCGUCUGGCGUCAUCCAUCAUCCGUCAACAUUUGCCUUUUGAUUAUUUACCAGAUUUUUAUAGCGCUCUUUUCAUCUAUAAAAUAAACCUUCAAAAGCACAAAUCCAGAUUGAUCCAAUCUUUAUGAAACUUGGUGAAAAUGUUUGUCUUGAUUACCUCUAAGUCAAGUUUGAAUCUGGGUUAUGUAGGGUCAAAAACUAGGUCACUAGGCCAGAUCAGAGGAAAAUCUUGUUAACACUCUCCAGACCACAUUUUAAGUUUGAAACCAUGAGAAUUUGUUAGAACGUUUGUUUUCUUGACCUCUAGGUCAGGUUUGAAUCUUGGUCCGGUGGGGUCAAAAACAAGGUAAUUCGAUCAAAUCAAAGGAAAAGCUUGUUAACACUCUAGAGGCCACAUUUAUGACCCUAUCUUCAUGAAACUUGGUCAGAAUGUUUAUCUUGAUGAUCCCUAGGGCAAGUUCGAAUGUGGGUCAAAAACUAGUUCACCUGCUCAAAUCAAAGGAAAAGCUUGUUUAUGACCCUGUCUUCAUGAAACAUGGUCAGAAUGUUUAUCUUGAUGAUCCUAGGUCAAGUUUAACAUGUGAGCGAUAUAGGGUCAUCAUGAUCCUCUUGUUUCAUAAAAUUUUAUAUAAGACAGGAGAGUGCAAACUUCAUCAAUACAGGGGCUUCUGUGUUAUUUGGCUUUUUUUUAUAAACAUUUUACAAAGUUGAAAACCUGGUUAUUAGACUGGCAAUGUUGUUUGGAGGAUGGAUUGAUAGACGUCAUCAAGUUUGGUUUCCAUUCAAUAACUACAGAUUGGCUUGAGGUAUUAAACUUGGCCUGUAAGUAGCUUAUUGUAACUGGGAGUGAAUUUGGGGUCAGCGGAAUCAAGGUCAAGGUUAUUGUUACUAUAAACAGAAAAAAAACUGUUUUACUCAAUAACCUGGCAUAUAAGAGGCUUAUAGAGAAACCAAAGUAUGUAUUGCAUAUGGGUUCAGGUUUUGGGUCAGGUUCAAGGUCAGUAUAACUUCUUUAAUGUACAUACUUUAAACAUUCCACUGUAUCAGUAAUAUUGGAGUGUGAUGGACGAAUAGUGUUUCUAAUCCCAGUCCUUGCUUAACAUGUUUUUUUAUUUUUUACGUAAUAAAAAAGAACCAUUUAGAUACCAUUAGGUCAGGGUCAAGGUCACAGUUACUAAAAAUAGAUUUUCAGUUUUUAUACGCCUGUCUCUGAAAGAGCGGGGUGUAUUAUGUGAACACCCAUGUCGGGCGGGCGGUCGGGUCCAAAAGCAUGUCCGCAAACAGUUUUCAUCCGAUCUUAGCCAAACUUGCUGACAAUGUUUGUGGGCAUAUCUAGGCCAAGUUCGAUAACCACCCAAAAUCGCCUCAGGCACUCUUGGAUUAUGGCCCUUGAAUUACUCGAAAAACUGCGAAUUUAGCCUUGUCUGCUCUCUUGUCGAACAGUUUUCAUCCAAUCUUCACCAAACUUGCUGACUAUGUUUGUGGGCAUAGUAUCUCGGCCAAGUUCGAUACCCACCCAAAUCGCCCCAGGCAUUCUUGGAUUGUGGCCCUUUAAUUACUUGAAAACUGCAAAUUUAGCCUUGUCCGCCCUCGAAGUCGAAACAGUUUUCAUCUGAUCUUCACCAAACUUGGUGGCGAUGUUAGUGGCCAGGUUUGAUUACCACCCAAAUUGCCCCAGGCACUCUUGGAUUAUGGCCCUUAAAUUACACAAAAUCUGUGAAAUUAGCCUUGUCCAUUCAAACAGUUUUGAUCCGAUUGUCAAUUUCAUCCCACAUGGAACCUCACAAAUACCUUGAUUUCUUCUUACUCUUUUUUUGGGGUUAACAAGGUAUACAACAUCAACAUUAUUACCUUUAUGAUACGUAACUGAAUAUUUAGACAGUCUGGCACUCUUGUUUUUUGCUUGAAUUAUCAAAAAGGUGGUUUCCGGUUUAUAACUUUAGUUCCAAAUGACAUACUCUCACUUAUUUUAGUGUACAGCAAGCUUACUAUAAAGAACUAGCUUUUGAUUGUAUUUGACUUUCCACCCAGUACAGUCCAUGUAUGAUAACUUCGGAGUGACGUCACAUUUGUUUAUGUUUUCUGGACUUAUAGAACUAACAAAAUAGGUAAAGCAGCUUACAUAAACGAUAAUAUUAGGUAUAUUUUAUUGCAACAUGUCUGUCAGUCCCGGUAGCUCAAUGGUUAAGCAUUAGUCUUUGAAAUAUUGAAUAUUGCGGGCCAUAGGUUCGAAUCAAGGAGAAUGUUGUUUGGAUUUUUUUUUUUUUUUUUGCUUUCUCUUUCAGGGUAACCAUCAUAAUCAUUCAUUUCUCCUGGAAUAUAUUUUUAUUUAUUUACAUAGAAAUAUUACUGAAUUAAUUUCUGUUCAAAGGGGACUAAGCAUCAGCUUUGUGUAAACACAUUGUAUUAUGAAUGCAUAGUCACGAAAACACUCGGAAAUUUCAUGCAGGUUAAAUUCCUCUCUGGUAUAUUGCCAGUAUUAGUGUAGUCAAGAUGUCCGAGGAGUCCACGUAUAUUUUGCAAAGAGAAACACUGUUCAGUAUAAGGAUGAUGCUUAAUGCCUACUAUAAAAUAUUCUGAAGGUUAUUUCAAGCAUCAUCAUUUUUUUCAUAUUUUAGUUCGUUAUUGUAUACCGUAGUGCUGUAUUACUGCAUUUUGAAUAUUUUCAAUUGUCUUUGAAAAAAAAAUGUAAUUAAAACAUAGAUAAAAAGCAAGAAUUUAAAAAGUAUAAAUCACAGUGGGAUUCGAACCAACGCGACAGUGGAAAUAUGAAAGGAUCGCACAUGUAAGGCUAACGCUCUACGACGAUACUAAUCUUCUACUUCAAAGUAAGCGUUUCAGUUAGUAGUAUAAUAUAAAAGUGUUUACUUAGACAAGAGCUGUCCGUAAGACAGCCAAGCUCGACUAUUCAAAAUAUUGUCUCAGAAGCAGGAAAAUAUUACCCACAAAGGUUAAAUAUCAAAAGAGUUUUAAGUUCAAAAGGGGGAAUAAUUUGACCAAAAUGCAUAUCAGUUAUGAUUUUAGACUUGCUGCUAUCAACUAGUUUUAUAACCCGGAAGGCACAUGUGAAGUUUCAAUUCAAUAUCUGCAUUAGUUUUGGAGAUAGAAACUUGCAUGCAAAACUUUAACCAGAAUUUUCAAAGUCCAAAAGGGGGCAUAAUUUGCCCAAAAUACAUGCCAGAGUUAUGGGACUUGACCCAGUGAGGUUGGUAAUUGAUCUAGAAAAAGAAGAAAUAAGUUUCAAAUCUAUAUGCCUUUUAGUAAUAGCUGUAUGUACUUGCACGCAAAACUUCAACCAGAAUUUGCAAAGUCCAAAAAGGGACAUAAUUUGGCCAAAAUGAAGGUCAGAGUUAUGGGACUUGCUGCUAUCAACUAGUUUUAUAACCCCGAAGACACGUGAAGUUUCAAAUCAAUAUCUGCAUUAGUUUUGGAGAUAAUAACUUGCAUGUAAAACUUUAACCAAAAUUUUCUAAGUCUAAAAGGGGGCAUAAUUUGCUCAAAAAACAUGUCAGAGUUAUGGGACUUGACCCAGUGAGGUUGAUAAUUGAUCUAGAAAAAGAAAAAAUAAGUUUCAAAUCUAUAUGCCUUUUAGAAAUAGCUGUAUGUACUUGCACGCAAAACUUUAACCAGAAUUUUCUAAGUCCAAAAGGGGGCAUAAUUUGGCCAAAAUGAAGGUCAGAGUUAGGGGACUUGCUGCUAUCAACUAGAUUUAUAACCCUGAACCCACAUGUGAAGUUUCACAUCAAUACCUGCAUUAGUUUUUGAGAUAGUAACUUGCAUGUAAAACUUUAACCAAAAUUUUCUAAGUCCAAAAGGGGGCAUAAUUUGCUCAAAAUACAUGUCAGAGUUAUUGGACUUGACCCAGAGAGGUUGGUAAUUGACCUAGAAAAAGAAAAAAUAAGUUUCAAAGCUAUAUGCCUUUAAUUGAUGGCUGUAUGUACUUGCAUGCAAAAACUUAACCAAGGUGUGACGCCGACGCCAGGGUGAGUAGAAUAGCUAGACUAUUCUUGGAAUAGUCGAGCUAAUAAAUGAUACUUAUCGAUUACCCUCCUGACUUAAACUCGACCAAAUAGUCACUCCGAAAUUAUCAGACACGGACUGUCGCUCUAUUACAAUGGAACUUUGUAUGUAGGUAGCUUAAUAAGGAGAGAAAGGUUAGGAAAUUUUUGGGUUUUUUUGGCUACUAGGGUCAAGGUCACUGUUCCUAAAAAUAGAAAAGGUUUAAAAAAACAACAUGAUUUUCAGGAGAUUUCCACGUCUCUUUUUUUAAAAAAUAAAUCUUGUUACAAAUAAUUAUUGAUUUUUUUGUCAAUUUUAUUUUUUCUGUCGUCAAAGAUUAUGAAAUUAAUUUUAAACAACAAAAAUCAUGGCCACCUUUUGUGAAAGACAUUGUGAUAAGAGUCACCUGUGAGCAUUGUCUUUUCAUUUCAGUUUUAAAAAGUAACCCUGUAAUAGUACAUUUUUUUUUCUUUUCAAAAGGAGACCCUCCUGGAAUUAUGAACAAGUCGACAUUGAUUAAGUUUUUAAGAGAUUAUCACUUCAUUUGUUAUAUUGCAAUAUCAGGUAUACAUUAAACAUCAUGUGUGUAAAUGAAAGUAUUUAAGCUGUUCACACCAAACAUGAAAGAGUAGGUUUAAAUAUCGAGGUAAUUGGUUUAUGUGUAGGUCUAAGUUUAAGAGAUAUCAAAUUUCUGUGAUAAAGGAUAGAUAAAGAAAGGUUGAAUGUUAUUUCAGAUGUUUAUUCAUAUAAUAAAAGCUGUUUUUGACA